AUGGGCGGGGCGGCGCUGACGUGGAAUUUCGACGCCGCCGCCGCUUAUCUUGCCGUAUUUGGCCCUUUUGCCGUUUUUGUUGGUCAGUCGUCGACGAAACGAACCGAAAACGGCACAACUCGACGGGUCGCACCGGAAAUGGUGUUCAUGAAGAAGAAGGCGGUGCUCAAAUUGCUUCUGCUUGUGCCGGUCGUCUGGUUUUGCUCGCUGAUCUACUUUGCCGCCACGAAUAAUGACAAAAGCUAUGAUCCGGUGGCGAAUCAUCCGAAGAAUCCAUUAGUUAACAAUGAUCUCCCAACACCGAAGCUAAUCCAGGGAUUCGGGAAGCCGAUUGCACCGGCGGCUUCCGAUGAUCAGUCGUCGUUGAGCAAUCAUGUUGAAGACGACGGCGCCAACAAUUUGCCGAAGCCCAAAUUCAUUGUGGAUCCGAAUGAUCCGAUUUAUCGAAGAGGCGAUCCGAAGCAGGCCGGCGAGAAUGGCAAAGCAGUGGUUAUUGACAAGUCGAAAUUAUCUCCAGAAGAGAAAAAGAAAUUUGACAAAGGAAUGACGAAUAAUGCGUUCAAUCAGUAUGCUUCCGACAUGAUUUCGAUUCAUCGCAGUUUGCCGUCGAAUAUUGACGAAGAAUGUAAAACGGAAAAAUAUUCGGAGAAUUUGCCGGCCACCUCCGUUAUCAUCUGUUUUCAUAAUGAGGCGUGGUCGGUUCUGCUGCGGACAGUUCACUCGGUUGUCGAGCGCACGCCGGACCAUCUUUUGGAGGAGGUGAUUCUCGUCGAUGAUUUUUCCGAUAUGGACCACACGAAAGGACCCCUUGAGGAGUACAUGUCGCAGUUUAACGGAAAAGUCAAAAUUUUGAGAAUGGAGAAACGAGAGGGACUGAUUCGAGCGCGUCUUCGAGGCGCCGCGAUCGCCAAAGGAGAUGUUUUGACAUAUCUCGACUCGCAUUGCGAAUGUAUGGAAGGAUGGAUCGAGCCGCUUUUGGAUCGGAUCAAACGCGAUCCGACGACUGUUGUGUGUCCGGUGAUUGAUGUGAUCGAUGACAACACGUUUGAAUAUCAUUAUUCGAAGGCGUAUUUCACGAACGUCGGCGGAUUCGAUUGGGGCCUUCAAUUCAAUUGGCAUUCGAUACCGGAACGCGAUCGGAAGAAUCGAACGCGCGCGAUCGAUCCGGUUCGAUCGCCGACGAUGGCCGGCGGAUUGUUUUCGAUCGAUCGCAAAUACUUUGAGAAGCUCGGAACCUACGAUCCCGGCUUCGAUAUUUGGGGCGGCGAGAAUCUCGAAUUGUCGUUUAAGAUUUGGAUGUGCGGAGGCACGUUGGAGAUUGUGCCGUGCUCGCACGUCGGCCAUGUCUUCCGGAAACGAUCGCCGUACAAAUGGCGAACCGGUGUGAAUGUGCUCAAGAGGAACUCGAUUCGUUUGGCUGAAGUGUGGCUCGAUGAUUACAAGCAGUAUUAUUAUGAGAGGAUUAAUAACCAGCUGGGCGAUUUCGGCGAUGUGUCGUCGCGAAAAAAAUUGCGCGAGAAUCUCGGGUGUAAAUCGUUCAAAUGGUACCUCGACAACAUAUUUCCGGAGCUUUUCGUUCCCGGCGAAUCGAUUGCGAAAGGCGAGGUGCGCAACGGCGCCGUGAAACCCGCACGAUGUCUCGAUAGCAUGGUGGGCAGACACGAGAAAAACCGGCCGGUCGGCACGUAUCAGUGUCACGGUCAGGGCGGCAAUCAGCUGCGCAACACGCGCACCCUGCAAUGUCUCGAUAGCGCCGUCGGCGACGAGGUCGAAUCGAAACAGAUCUCGCCGUAUCCGUGUCACGAGCAGGGCGGCAAUCAGCUUCGAAAUGUGGGCGGCGGGAAUCGACAAUGCGUCGACUACUCGUCGGCGUCGGCCAAGAAGAAAUUUGGAAUGUAUGAAUGUCAUGAGCAAGGCGGAAAUCAGUAUUGGAUGAUGUCGAAAGACGGCGAAAUUCGACGAGAUGAGUCUUGUGUGGAUUAUGCGGGAAAUGAUGUGAUGAUAUUUCCGUGUCAUGGGAUGAAAGGCAAUCAGGAAUGGAGGUACAAUGAUGAUACGGGCCGCUUACAACACGUCGUUUCGCAAAAAUGUUUGGGAAUGACGAAAGACGGCGCGAAAUUGACAAUGACGAUGUGCAAUUACGACGAUCCGUAUCAGCACUGGAAAUUCAAAGAAUAUAAUGCGUCGAAGGCGAAAGAGCACGGCGUACAGUUGCCGGUGUAG